AUGGAUCAGCAGUACGGAACGCGAAUCAAGUCAGAAGAUGUUGAGCUUGGCAUACGGGCGCCCGUGAAGCAGGAGCGAGAGGAAGCAGAAAGCGUGCCUGCCGUUGUUCCCAAACUCGAACCGACUGACAAGGAAAUGCUCGCUUCAUUGAGAAAACAAAGGAAGAAAGCGAGGAAGGAACAAAAGAGGCUGAUAGCUUCCAUGUCCGAGGGAGAACGUCGCGAACAUAAACAAGGCGAUCUCAUGAAACAAAACACCCUCCUCCGCAAACAACUCGCGGAGAUGCGACCGAAGAGAUCUCACAGCGCGGAAAGCCGCCAUCGGCGCGCUCUUGAAAAGGAUUUCGUCCGAGUCUGCCAAGAGCGCGACAAGGCUAUUGCGGAGAGAAACGAGGAAUUCUCACGGAAAGCCCAGACAUACCUGGUCCCAAAAAACAGGUAUGCGGAGAUACAGAACUCUCGACUGCGUCAAGAGCUCGCCGACGCUCGUAAGACGAUCACGGAUACCAGAGCAACCUUGCGAGCCAGCGAUCAGAGGGAUCAAGCCUUGCCUCUCCGUCAUGAACCCGAGCCAACCGUCAUGACCAAUGGAGCGAGUACCAUAACCGCGUUGAGAGCAGAGAUAUCGGAUCUUGAAAGACAGCUGAGGGAAGCAUGUCGGCAGGGCGAGAACGCCAUACGUGAUGCUCGCGCCGCCGAUAACAACGACAGCGAUGUUGAUGCUCUGGAGGAAGAGCUUGCAAGGGAGCAAGGGAAGGACAGGGCAAUGGCCAGCAAGCUGCAGAAAGCUCUUAAGAAAGAGCAGGACAAGAGCGAAGGAGUGCAUAGUGGCUCACAUCAGGUCAACGAGCAGGAGGCUGCUAUGACAGGCUGGCCAGGAAGUCGUGGUCCAUCGAUUAGGCAGCGAGUCAAAGUUGAGGAUGAAGAUAUGAAGUUGGAGGAUGGAGAGUAG